GUCGCGGUGAGCAGUGAGGGGGACCUGGUCCUGGGUCACUGGAGGUUGAGGUCUUGAGGAGUUGAGGGAGUGAGCGGGCGGGGAGGGGAGGGCGCGCCAUGGACUGGUACGCGUGGCUGUCGAGGACGGGGCUGGCGCCGUCGCUGACGCACGAGUACGGGCGCCUCUUCAGCCGGAACGAGCUGGAGCCCGGCGACGCGGCGCACUUCGACCACGACCUGCUCAAGAGCAUGGGCAUCGCCGUCGCCAAGCACCGCCUCGAGAUCCUCAAGCUUGCAAGGAAGCAGGCGGCGGCGGAGGCGGGCGAGGGCGCGUCGGCGGCGGCCGCGCGGCUCGCGCGCAGGGCCACGAGGUGCCUGGCCCGCUGCGUGCGCCGGCUGGCCAGCGGCGGCGGAGUGGGGAGGAGGGGCGCGUCGUCGGUCACCGUCGUGCCCAGGAUCUGCAGCGGCGACGGCGCCGUCCGGGUCGGCGCCGUGCAGCAGAAGAGCGCCGCCAACAACAAGAAGUCGAUGGUGCUCAUGAUCACCGACGGCGCCGGCGGAGGAGACGGCCUCGCCAGGGGCGGCGGCGCCGCGCGGCUGUCCGCGUCGUCCCAGAAGGCGAGCCUGAUGUUCCACGACUGCUACCACAACGACGACGAGGACGAGGAAGGCGAAGAGGACGACGAGGACGGCAGCGCCGGCGACGACGACAUCAAGUGGGACUCCAUGUUUCAGGACCUCAAGCCCACGUGAUGGACAAGUUGCAUUGUCCCCUCUCUGAUCUUCAUCUCUGGUUUGGUGUUGUUGCGUGAGCGCGUCGUUAUGUUUUUUCUUUUUUUCUUUUGUGGCGUGAGAGAAUUUUAGCAACUCUCUUGUUGGUGUUCGUUCUCCUUGUGAAGAGAACAUUGAAAGAACGUUUGCUUCGCAAUGUUCAGAAAAUAAUGUCGAAAAAUGUGUAGUUUCCGCAGUUUCUGCAGUGUUAA